CUAUCUUCAUUCAGGAAGUCUGCGCGUUGCUCUUACGCUCUUUAACGUUUCUGUCCGAUCAUGUAUGGGGACGUCCAAAGCGAGUCACGGGCACGCGCCGCGCGUGGAUGCGUGCUAGAUGAUUUUGAACGCGCGCGCAUCAUUAGAUCUCCCCCUCGUUUCUAAAAUUAUCGCCUGGGCCGCGUUACACAAACUAGAGAAACAGGCGGCUUCCUCGCGCUACACGCCGUUAUCGGAGGCUUGCGUUAAAGCUACAGCGUCGUCUAACGGCACGUGAAGGCAGGGGAUCAGCUGAAGCGACGGGGGGACGCGUAGCUGCUCGCCAGAAGCUGACCUGGGGUCGACGCUAAGCGCCAGGAAGCUGUGCGUCGACCAGUUGAACGAGCAGAACGGUCGCCGUCACAGGAAACGCCGCAAACUGCCUGCUGCGCCGAGGUUCAACAACUGAAGCCUCGACAAUCAAACGGUCAACUGUCACUGUUCCCAUGAAGCCUCACGUGUGUUGUCACGUGAUCGAGGAAAGCUGUAUUUACAUUCUUUACGGAGAAGCCCUCGGGCGCUCGGGUUACGAGAUCGUGAGGGACGCCAGGCCAGAACACAAAGUUGAGGGGUUGGAGAAAUCUGCUUCACUGGCCAGCUGCGACGUGGGGGUGGAGUUCGCCAGCAAUACCCAGAAUGCACCUGCAUCGCGGCAGCAGCGAGGGAAGCUGUCGUCGCUAGGGAAACUCUUCAAACCCUGGAAGUGGAGGAAGAAGAAAACCAGCGACAAGUUCCAGGAUCUUUCCAAAGUCCUAGAGAGAAAAAUCUCCACCAGGCAAACGAGGGAGGAGCUCAUCAGGAAGGGAGUCCUCAUCCCCGAAGACGAACCGGUCAGCAGUGAAAACCUCAACGGCCACGCCAAGGCCAGUGUGACAUCAGAGGAGGUCAAAGUUGACAUCGAGUCCCCAGAGACCGCGCUGGAGACACAGACCGCCGGCACAGAGGACAGACCAGCGAGACGCGAUACUAAACCCCUCGCCGCCGCGAACCAGGCGCGGCCCCGAGAGGCGCAGGGCAAAAAGCAGCAGGGCGCCGCUCCGCCCGCGGCCUCCAAGCCUGCGGGUGGCGCCGCAGCCACGGCCCGGCACAGGGACGGCGCCUCGGGGGCUAAAAAGCCCGCUAAGGCCGCGGGCAAGGCGGGCUCGUCGACACAAGCUAAAGCUAACGCUCGCAGCGCUAACAACGCCGCUUCUGGCACCGCCAAGUCCUCGCAUCCAAAGAAGGCAGGAGGCACAACAAAAGCCACCUCCGCCUCCUCCGCCCCCCGCCCUCGCUCUAAGGAGGCAGGCGCCGCAGCGCAAUCUGAUGGGAAGGACACGAGGACCAGGAAAUCAGAUGCUCCCACCUCUUCCUCCGCCACUCAGAAGGCUCCCACAGAGACUCCCAACCCGCCCGGAGACCUCAAAUCCUCGCCUCCCUCCUCAGACACCAAGCCCAACCCGUCUAACGCCGCCGGCAAUGAGACGGGAGGCGCUCAGGCCUCGCCAGCGCCGCCUCCCAACAGCUCGGCUGCAGGUGAGGAGACCCAGAGAGGUCUGGCUCCGGAACCCACGGCCCAGUCUCCCUCUCAUGUCAACACGGCCACAGAGGACACAUCCUUCUCAGAGGGGGAGGCAGACAGCAGGUCACAUGGGAAAACAGGAAGGGAGGGAGCAGAAGAGGAGAAGAACGGCGAAACCGAGUCCACUGUGCAGAACAGCCCGAGGUCAACCAGUGGACGGGCUGAGAGGCCGCAGGGCCUCAGCGUGAAAACGGACCAGGCGGAGGUGACCGUGAUCCCGGACCGGCCGCGAGACAGCCAGACGAGCGACUCUGACUCCGACGGACCCAUCCUGUACCGGGACGAGGAGGAGGAGGACGAGGAGGAAGACGAGUACACGAACAGUUCUCUGGCGAGCAAGAUCCGACGGCGAGACACCCUGAACAUCAAGCUGGGAAACCGACCCAGCAAGAAAGAGCUGGAGGAGAAGAACAUUUUGCCUCGAAGCUCGGAGACGGAGCGACACGAGCUGCGCCAGCAGAUAGGCUGCAAACUAGUCAGGCGCCUGAGCCAACGGCCGACCACAGAGGAGCUGGAGCAGAGAAACAUCCUCAAGCAAAAGAAUGAAGCAGAGGAGCAAGAGGCCAAGCAGGAGAUUAAAAGGAGACUGUCUAGAAAGCUGAGCGUGAGGCCGACGGUGGCCGAGCUCGUCGCCCGCAGGAUCCUGCGUUUCAAUGAGUACGUGGAGGUGACGGAUGCCAAGGACUACGACCGGCGGGCGGACAAGCCCUGGACGCGUCUGACUCCUGCUGACAAGGCUGCUAUCCGUAAAGAGCUGAACGAGUUUAAGAGCCGAGAGAUGGAGGUUCAUGAAGACAGCAAGCAGUUCACCAGAUUCCAUCGGCCCUAAGGUCUCUCACUGCCAGACGGACGUCAGCGCCCAAAGCUCCGUGGUCCACAGCUGCCGGGCCUCCAGAACCUCUGUGCACGGCUCGGUCCACUUGGCUUUGGGAUCCUUUUGCCCCAGUAACAUGUAUUUGUGCUUCAGGUGUGUCUGGCCAUUCAUGGGCACCAGUGAAACAUUUGCACACGUCUGUAGUCAGAUCAGUGCUCUGAUUACAACCUCUUAUUUAUUCUGGAUGGCCAGAACGCUCUGGUGAAUGAUGUGUUUGUUCUGUUUACUUCAAUCUGUUUAAUUAGAGGCUCUGUAUAAAAGAAACGGGAACUAUCUCCGAGAAUGUGGCUCAAUUGUACCAUGGAUUUGAAUGUGUGCUCGUGCCAAGGUGUGCCUUGUCAUCAGCUGUCAGUGGCCAUGUAUGGACAUCCUCCUAGAACAGGAAGUGGGGGCGAUUGGAUGGUUGUGUGCUGAUGUCAGUGCCCGUGUCGUAUGUCAGAGCGGAGGAAAGGCUGUGAUUCCGUAAGGAAGGCUGCGUUUCCUUUUCUUUAGAGGUUUAAAAUGUUCCGGCCACUAGAGGGCACUGUGUCCCAAUGGGACGGACGGAGAAUAAACUGUGAGUGUUAUAGUUAUACCUGCUGAAGCUGAAGGAGGCUUUAAUAGUGAAGUGCAAUGGGAACCUCUCCAGUUUUAGCCAACUCUUAUCCUCAGGCUCAGAUUGCUGCCAGAGUUGAGUUCAAACCUUCAUCAGGUCAAUGGCGUUUGUGUUUAGAGCCAAACUUUAUGUUUUUCUUUUGUGUGUUCAUUUUGUUAUUGUGGGCUUUUGACCAGAGCUCUAACUCAGAGUCAGAUGGUGCCAAGAAAAGCAGGAACUGCCUGUAUCAUGGUCUUAUUUGAAAACUCAUGCUUGAUUUUUUUUUUUAAGAAAGAAUCCGUAAAGUGCUUUUGUCUAAAUGCAGACACUGAGGCUUUCGCAACUGAAGCAAAGUGGAGACGUGCUUUAUUUACUAUUUCCAUGUUGUUGAAGCUUUAUUUGUUACCUGUGAUGUGCACAGACAGGACGGAGCCAUAUCUACCUUUGCACGCACUUUUCAUCCUGUGGUUACGGUCAGUUAUCAGGAGAAAUGUGAAAAACCUGAGUAACUAAUGCAAAUUAAAUAUUAAGAAAUCAAAUAAAAAAAUAAAUUUUGGCAAAUUUGCCAAAAAACAAUCAAGCAUUUCAGCUGAAUAGCUCUUAAAUUUUAAUUUAAUUAAUUUAAUGCUCAGGUGUGACCUUUUUAAACAUCACAUAUAAUUCACGUUAAAAUAAUCUGAGAUUAAUAAAACAGCAUGCAGUAUUUCUAUUUCAUAUUCGAUUGCUAGUUUUAAUUUGUGCAUGCUUCGGUUUUUUAAGUACUUUUUUUAUCGAGGCAGAAUCUAAAUACAGACUAACUGAUUGCACAAUGACUGAGCUACACUCAGGAGGAUUUCCAGUGGUUGUAACGUGCAGAUGAUGGGGAUCGCGUGCAGCUUUAAGGUUUGUUAGUGGAACCGACGAGGUGCUUUGAUCGCUGUUCAUCUUUAGCUGUAGUCAUAGAUUCUCUGUCAAGAAUUCAAAAUCAAAUACUCAACAUGCAUGUUAAUGCUGAAGAGGAUCAAUUAACAAUGAUUUGUUGCAAAUAUUUUGAAAUGAGAUUUUCACCUUAGCAGAGGCACAGGGUGAAGGAACUGUGCCUACGUGUAUUUUAGGACCGAAGCGGAUACAAACUAAUGGCUUACUCACUCGUGGCACUGGAUGCGCAUCUUUGUUUGUUUUGCAGCUGAUUGACAGACUCGGCUCGCUGACGUCCGGAGGUUUGCUUUCUCAUAAUAGACCUCCAGCCUCCACAACACUCAUCACUCUUACGAAUAGUCACCGUGUUAUUAUUUGUUGUUUUGUGCAGAGGUUGUACAUGAAAGGGUGCACAGCAGAAGAGAAGCAGCAGUAUUCAUUCAUGUUGAUAUCUAUGUUGUUAUAUAUUGAUUCUUUUGUACAGAGUGUAUAUCAAGCAUGUGCAUAUAUACAUUGAAAUCAAUUUUACUACCAGUUCGACCUUGAUGUAGAUGUUUUUUAUUUUGAUGUCCCCAGACACUGAUAAUAAAUUGAACAGUGCAUCUACAUGCAGGUGCUGUUUCAGAGCAGCUCUGUGUUGGAUACCUGACAUGUAUUUACCAGAGGUGCCUGUUUACUAAGCAGACAAUGGACCAGACGUCUUUGGUAAUCAUGCAUCUCUUUGGUUUUUCAUUUUCUGCUCCAUUUUAAUUUGAACUGGAAUCUGCAGGUGCAAAACAGCUGCUAUUCGCUGGAUAAUGACUCAGAUCAGAAACAUUUUAUAAUUCUCUCAGGUCCUUGGGUUUAUUUUUUUUCAGACGUUCAUCCCAGACAAACCAAAGUCAAAAAUAAGCAGGAUGCUGCUUAAGACUUGGACAUAAUCGUAAUCAUUAAAACUACAUUUGUUUGAGUUAAGCUGUAUUUUCCUACAAGUGGCUCAAGUCCAGACAAUUGAUUUCAGUCCAGCAUAUUUAGCAUUUAUAAGCAGUAUAUACUCAAUAGGUUAAAGCUUAUGCAGUUGUAAGAAGAUCUAGGAAAGUGUUUCACUGUUCAUUAAUGUGUUUGUUUGGUGAGAUAUCGGGAUUUGUUACCAUUGCAGCCGUAUUGUGCUGUAUGUACAGUAGCUAUAAAUAUGUCACAGGAAACAUUUAGCAUUGCUGCGAUGUAGUAUCUGUGUGUAUUAAUAUGCUUGUAAAUGCUAAAUAGAACGAGUAUUAAAUCAGAUGAUCUGCAGAUAAUUUCAUCGAUGCAUUUGUGGGUCACACAUUCAAAUGCAGUGAAUUUCACUGAAAGGAAUGAAACCUUUUAACUGUUUCUCCAAACACUUAUCUGACAAAAUGUUGAUCUUAAGCUCAUACAAUGUCAUAUAUCCCAGAACGCUACUGUUACAUGCAAACUGUGUAUAUUGUUUUUGUAUAUAAAGAAUUAGAGGAAAACUG